AUGUCAACCUCUUUAGCAAUGGAUCAUCCGUCAAUCCUGUCCGACACUGGAGAUAGUAGCAGCAGCAAUGAUCCAUUCUUGUCCCCUCCAUCUGUUUUGAGCAGCCACCGAUUUUCUCAUUUCGAUAAACAACUAUUCGCGCUUGGCCCCUCAACCUCUCCAGAACAAGCCAAACGGGCACUAGAAGCACAUCUUGCAGAGACCGAACGAAGAAUACAGGAAGCUUCAAACCUUGGCACGACUCUUCUACAGCAGAGAAAGGAUUUGGGCGAGCGCUUGAAGGAAGUUGAAAAGCAACAGAGUGAAGGAGAUAUUACACCGGAAUUGCGACAAAAACUGGUUGCUAUUGAGAAGGAAUACAAUGAAGUUGGGAGGGAAACAGCGAGAGCUUUUCUACCAAAGUCAAGAGUAUCUAGCAGCGAGAUGGGGAAUUCACCUUUUCCUGUUAAGCGUUCCGCAAGCCCAUCCAGAUUCGAAAGUCAAGCUACUGCUACUGCUUCUCCUUCAAAAUUUAGUGUUCCCAAUCGAAAGCAGAGAAAUCAACCUGCUAACCGGGUACACGAUAUCGAAUUUGCGACAGAGAUUAGUACUUCCUUGUUAGCACAAGUACGGCAUCUACAAUCACUCUUAUCGGAGAAGGAGGAUUCCCUCAAGACUGUUGCGCUCGAAAAGUCGAGGUUAGAAAUAGAGGUCGAAGGAUUUACUCAGCGAGUGAGGAGUCUUGAUGAGAGCGAAAAUAGAUACAAGGACGAAAAUUGGAACCUAGAAACUCAAAUUCAUGAACAUUUGGCUACGCAGAAAGAGUCAUCGGAACGUGAAAAGAGAUUGACACAGAGUCUAAGUCUUUUACAAGCCGAAAAGAGUGCUGCGCAAAAGGAGUUGGAUGAGAUCAAGUUAAAUCACGCGAAGCUCCAAGAUCAACACACAUCCACAGUAAAGCAUCUCGAUGUGGAAGUAGGGACCACUAAGCGAAGCAUGACGAUCUUUGAAACCGAAAAAGGGGCGCUUCAAAAGAAGGUUGAGGAAUUGAUGAGCCAAAAUCAAGAGCUUGCGCGAGCAGUAGCACACCAUCGAGGCCGAACGGAAGAACGCGAGGCGUCCCAGGGCAGUGGUGAGGAAGAACCUCAGACAACAACAGACAACAAUACCCCUGAGCACUCUCCACCUCCAUCACCGAUCAAAAUGACUCCAAGACAUAGCAUGCUAGAAUCCGAAACUUUGAAGAGCUCUCUUCAUCACGCCCACAGAAUGAUACAAAAUCUGAAGGGCAAUAUUCACCGCGAGAAGACCGAAAAGUUGGAGCUAAAGCGCAUGUUGCAGGAGGCUAGAGAUGAGAUUGAGGUUGCGCGUCGUGGCGAACCACAGGUGGACUCUCCGGGACCGAGGAGAGCCCGAAAGAAUGCUCCUGCCCAGGCCAAGAAACCCUUUAAAGUAGGUCAGCUUGGUGGAAUUAGGAACAGCAGGAGUGAAGUCUUGAUUGAAGAGGAUCAAGAAGAUCACCUUGAAGACGUUAAUUGGGAGGAUGAUCAUGAACAACCAAGCCCCAGUCGUGGUUCCCGCUCAAUGGGCGCUGCUGCUGGUGCUGCCGUCGCAGCUUCAAUGGCAGCUGGCGUUGCUAAGUCUUCUCGCAACCUUUUCGGUAGCUCCACUGAACAAAGUGAUGCCUUUGAGACAGCGAAUGAGCGUGCCACAGAGACGGAAGAUUUCCAGACUGGUGUAGAGGAUAUGGCUGGCGCGGAUGAUACAGAUACAGAAACGGAGAAGGGCGGUACUGUUCGUGCAAAACCUUCGCGAGGAUCCAUUGCUUUGUCUAAGGUUGGUAAUCGCGAUUCCUUCCUAAGCACUGCUUCAACAUCCGAGGAUGAAUACAUGUAUGAAGAUGCCAAGACACCUGGUAUCCACCCACAACGAUUAAGACUCAAAGUCAAUCGUAACGGCCACCGACGUUCACGUGUUGCUAGCGAGGAUGCCCAGGGAGAAAGUCCAAUUGACUUUGUCGAUAGUAAUAAGGGUACUCCUCAACCAGCUGGACAGAGCUUGUUCGCAGAGUUGGGUGAAUUGGGAAGUGAUGAUGAAUCUGUUGCUUCGGGUACUCAAAGUCGCUAUGCAUCAAGAGGUAACACUCCACAAUCUUCGAGACCAAGCACCGCUAGGAACGUACCUUCAGCCAUUGCACCACCAGUACCAAAACUGCCAAUGAUCGAUUCUGCUAUGAUGACUGAACCUUGGGAGCCUGAGCCUCAUACACCGACGACUGCUAUGCCAAUAUUGUCAGGCCUUACUGGUGCUGCACUUGGUGCGGCUGGUGGCGUUGCGGCCGCCUUGGGGUUCAAUGCAAAACAUGAUCGAGCCAUAUCACCAGAACCUCGAGCCGUGUCACCAGAACUUCAAGCUGAACCUCAAGUUCUCCAACACGCAGUCGAUGCUGCAAAUAACGAGCCUAUGAUGAAGGAAAUUCAACCAGUGGUUUCACUUCCACAUAGCGAGCCACAGGCAUCUAAUAUUGUGUCAGAAGCGGAAGGUACUAGGUCUAUUUCGACAAAGGAUGUUCAUUCGUCGAAGUUUCCAGGUAGACCACCGAUGUCUGAAGCUGCUAGUCAAUGGCAUGAGGAGCAAAUGAAGCAGCAAAUGGAUGGUCUAUUAAAGGUUCAACCACAACAUGAUGUAACACGACCAGUGUCGACAACAUAUAGCGAUAUGAGUUCACAGUAUGAUAGUGAACUUAUUGACGAGAAAUUGGACAAAUUCCCAUCCCCUCCAAUUUCGCGUACUAACACACCAAUGACGAAUUUAGCCCCGGCAGAAGCAGGAGCUUCAGUUGUUCCUUUGGCAAUGUCCACGAUUCGAUCUGAGCACAUCAAAGCCGAGCCAAUUCCAGAGGUUGAGCCAAUAUCAGCUGCUCCGCUGACAUUAUCUACAAUUCAUUCCGAGCAAAUCGAGCAGGUUGAUGCCGAGCCAAUUCCAAUUGAGCCAUUGACGAUGUCUACAAUUCGUUCUGAACACGUUGAGCCAAUGAUCAUUGAGGGAGCGCGUUCGGAAUCACCUGUUCUGCACGCUGUCCUACCAUCUACUCCAAAGCACUCAUCAGGACCCGAUUAUUUUUCUGUAGCACCAGGUCUAGGCUUCUCUACCAUUCAAUCAGUAGAUACAGAACCUGUUGCGCCUCCCACCCCAAGAAGUCCAAAGAGAGAUGGUGUUAUACUUUCCAGGUUCCCAGCUACGGAGAGCAAAUCUGUGAAUGAGGACAAACCCGACGAGGUCAAAUUCCCAGUUACAGAGAGUAGAUCCAUAGAGGAAGUCAAACUAGAUGCGGGUUCCAAGCCAAGGGAAGAACCUCAUACACCAAAGACUGGAUUUAUCAAUUCCGUUUUCGGCGGCUGGAACAAAAAGCAGACAACUACGCCAAUUAUUGCUGAGGAUGAAACGAGUCAAAUACCAAGUCGAUCACCAGUGGCGGAGACACCAGAAUCCCAACGACCAUUCAAGGCAAUAUCAGGCAAUACCAAUGAACGAUCUCCUAAGAAGCUCCGUGUUGAGAUGACAGACGAAAGUUCCCAGACCGCAUUGACUGCAGAACAAAUCGACCAAAUGCUCAACAAAGGUAAGAGACAAGACAUCAUCGUCGCGGAGGAUGGGCAGAAGUCUAAUUUCCACUCUCCACCACAAUCGACCAACAUUCCCGCAGCCCUCAAAAUCCGCAAGUCACAAGAGAGUAUCGGUAGUAUUGGUCGUUCAAAAUCAUUGAGCCUUGACACUGAGUCUCCCGUGGAUGUUAUCUCCGCGAGAAGACCCACAAGUUCUGGAAGUGGAAGGAAUGCAUCCAUCUCGAGUAUUCAUCCACCUUUACCCCCAGAUCACAGACAAGUCAUUGCUGCAGCAGCUCAACGUACAGGUUCUGGAAGUGGAUCGGGUGAUCACAAACAUCUUGCUACCCUUACCAAGGGCCAACAGCAACAGCCACAGCCACAGCCACAACGUACCGGUUCUUCCACUAGCGCCGGUACAGGCACCAUGGGUCCUCCACCAAUACCAUCUACUUACAAGAACCGACCUAAGACUCCAAGCUCUCAGGCCCAUGGAUCCUUGAAGGUAAUUUCAACUUCAAAAUACAGAAAUCCAUCUACUGAGCGCGAUGUACACUCUCCAACUGGCACUGGACGAUCAAGGCACUCUUCGGUAUCUUCAUUCGCAUCUGAGGUCGAUACUCGCUUCAAUUUGCGUGCUGGAGUUCCAUUGCCACAAGGCGUCGAACCAAAUACUGAUCCAAGGAUGAUUAAUGCAAUCACUCAAACUAUGAUUGGUGAAUAUCUUUGGAAAUACACUCGCAAAGCAGGUCGUGGUGGAAUGUCGGAAAAUCGUCAUCGACGUUAUUUCUGGGUUCACCCAUAUACAAGAACAUUGUAUUGGAGUGACAGGGAUCCUUCAACCGCUGGUCGUUCAGAGCUAAAGGCAAAGAGUGUCGCCAUCGAAGCUGUCCGAGUUGUAACUGAUGAUAAUCCCAUGCCACCUGGAUUGCAUCGUAAGAGCUUAGUUAUCUUAACUCCUGGUCGAACUGUGCAAUUCACUGCUAGCACAGGACAGCGUCAUGAAACGUGGUUCAAUGCUUUGUCAUACUUACUUCUCCGGACUGGAGAAGAUGCUGUUGCCGAUACUGUUGAAGUUUCCGGGGCGCUGACAAGCGAAGAUGUUGAUGAGUUCAAUCCUGGAUAUGGUCAUGCGCAUCUCGGUAGCAGAAGCAGAAGAGGACCUCCAUCUCUUUCAUCAUACAACAGCCGAACUACUCGUAACGACUCACCAAUAAGUAAGGAUAGACGUUACUCUACUAUGCAUCCUCGUUUAACAUCAAGACCAUCGAGACCAACAUUAGGUUCGGGCACUUUCUCUCGACUUAGCAACUACCUAUUACCUGGUGAUGGAACCAGAACUUUCUCCGGUCGACGAAGUCGAAGCGUCAACGGUGUUGGAUCAAGCAUAUACGAAGCGAGUGAGGUUCCAGAUAGUGCUGAGGAUCUAAGAGAACAAAUUGAAAGACAAGAUCGAGAAUCUGAUAGAUUAGAGAAUGUGCGAGCAUGCUGUGACGGCAAACAUGAUGUCGGACAUUUACAUCAUGAUACGCCAAAAGGUCGUCAAACCAUGAGUGCAGCAUCAGGCUCGUAUCGGCAAACGCAUCGUGCCCCAAGUCGAACCAGCCAGAGGCCAAGUGAACCGAGUCAACAGACAUAA